AUGGCUGGCUCAGUUAUGUUGCAGAGCCUCUGCUGCAUAAUUCCACACUCUCCAAGAUGUUACAAGAAUCAAACCCUAGCUUUCUCUCACUCUCAAUUCUUCUCUUCUAAUUCAUUUCUAAGGUUAAAGAUGCAGUCUUUGGUCUCAGCUCUUCAAAUUAAUAAGAGGCAGAGGACUCGGAGGUAUCGCUCUGUUCCUGUUGUGUUCGCUGCACAGUCCAAUUUCUUAAAAGGAUUCUGUGCCAAGAUCAAUCGCAAGGGUUUCUGUGACAGUAGUUGCAUUGGCUCUUUCACUCUUUGUACUCAAGUCUUUACUGUCUACAGUUUUCUUUGUGCUGGCUACGAAGGACCAGAGGGGGGUGGAGGCACCACCUCUACACCAAAGGACGAGGGGAUGGAGGACAGUCUAGAAGAAGGAUUUUGA